AUGCCUUGUACAGCUGUAAAUUCCGAAAACCUGACCAAAAUGGACGUGGAAUAUCUUUAUCAUCACCUUUUCGUACCUGCCAAACUUCCUGAUGGAGAUGACAAUUGCUCCAAGGAUGACAAGCUUCUCAUGAGCUUUGUUCACCAGUCUUUGGAAAGCUUCAUCACGAAAAUUGAUUCCGAGGCUGGUACUGCGAUCAAAGCUUGCUCAAUCAUGAUCGGACGCUUGCAGGAAUCCAAGAAUAUCCAUGGGUUCUUGAGUGCGGGCGGUGUGCCAAAUGUCUUGCAGCAGCUUUCUCCUCAUGGUGAGAUCUCUCAUCAACUGACUCAACUGCUGACACGUCGAGUAGUCGCCCCCUCUGCAUUGCUUCACGUACCGGCCCAGAAUAGCGGGAUUUUCGUGUAUCGAACUGGUGCCUCUGUUACGUUCGAGACAUUCGAACUAUCUCCAUCCAACAAAGACGUUAUGGAAACUCGAGGCCGUCUAGUUCGCCGUUUUCCCGCCAACGCGACCGAGAUACUCUACAGAGAUCUUGUAGAUGUAGACUUUGAGUACGCACUUGCCACAACCUUGGCAAAAAUGAGCCACCAAACUGUCAAGGAGACAAAACACAAAGUCAAGAAGGCCAAACAAGAGCAUAUCGAAGAGAGGGAGACGGUACAUCCACGAAUUGUCGUUGACCUAUUGCCAGCUAUACUUCAGGGCGUAGGCAAACAAGUUAGUGCCAUGGGUAUCAGCAAAAACACUCAUGAAGAAGUCAGGUGGAGCAACAGUAAACUCCCAUGGAGACGAUCGCCACUCUGGUUGCUCAUCCGAGUUGGUCUGCAGCUAACCAUGGUUCGACUUUCUUCCCGAGGCCGAGAUAUUUAUAAAGCGUUCAUGGUCUUCUUGAUGGCGGAAGUGCUCGAUGUCGCUACAAAGCAUGAUGCCGGAGGUGAUGAACUUUAUGCGAUGUCGGCUAAGAUCUGCCGCAGACUGUGCAAGCUUAACCAUCCAUCUGACGGUCACUGGUUGACACACAUCCGUCGCGUUCUAUCGGAAACGUCGCAGGUUCUGGUUCAUCGAUGGGACUGUAUAUGCGUGGAAAAUGAAAGGCCUCUGGCUCUCGAAGCCAUUGAGAAAUCCAAACUGGAUGAUAGCAGUCAUCUGUCUCUCCCGGAAACAGACACAUUUAUCACUUCUAUAUGGGCAAGAGAGGAGAAAAUCAGGCCUGUAAACUUCAACCCAGUUGCAUAUGUGCAGUUACUCGAUGACAACUGCCUUCCCACAAUUGAGACAGGGGAAGGGUGUCUACCCUUCAGAUUGGCUAUGCUAGAAUCAUGGGUAGCAGCUAAUCUUGAAUUAUGGCUAAAGCAUCAUGUUGGAGAGGACGAUGCAUGCAAGAAACUGAAAGAGCUGAUCCAGUCAUACCACCAUGUGGCUAGUCGCCAGUACUCUGAUCGUCCUGAAGGGGCAUCGAGGAUGCUUCUCACCAUUGGCGAAUUAUGGGUGGCGAUGGACAAGGCAGCUAUUCAUGUAAUCCCCUCUAUUGCGCUUUACGAGCCCGAGGUCCCCAUCGAAAUAUGGCAGGCGUUACUACUAACAGCUGGUGCUGAAGCAAAGAGACUUCAUGUUUUGGAGAACUAUUUGUUGAAUCGCCAACGUGUUGCCCAAGCACAAGGAAGGCCAUCCAUAUUCACAUCUUACGGCUGCUCACGUUCAUUCUCGACAGAAUAUUUCUCUGCCUCUCUAGAGCAUCAGCAACUGAAAGACAGGAUUGAAGCUCAGGCAUAUACCCAAAGGGAGGCGAAGAAGAUGGAAUAUCGACGACUCAAGGACGAGCACAGCUUGUUGAUGGAAAAACACUAUGGCAAGACAGAGUGUGACGGAUAUAUCCGAGAAGAGUAUGGUAGAUCAGUCUGGAACCAUUCUUCCGGCUGUCUACGCUGCUGGUAUCUGAAUAGGGCGCAAAACCUCCAGAUCGAUGUACACGAGUGGCCCUUGCCUCAACACAACUUGGACGCUCAAUCGACUGUGUUUGAGCUUUCUGUCCCUGGCGUUUUCUCGGAAUGGCGAGAUGGUACUCUUUAUCUCAUCAACGAUGUGCUACUUAGCAAGCAAGAUGGGACCCGCAAUCCACAGUCAUCCUAUCCGCUACGCGACUACUCGCCUCUCCGUGAGUUCUUUCGGACGGGUAGGGACUACCGGAUCCAUCUAUUGUCUGAGACAAAGCCACACAUGGUUACUCAUCGGCGAACUUUGUAUGUGAAUAGCUGUGUUGAAGCCGAUGUUUGUGUCAAUAAUGGGCUUCGCUACCAGUACUUUGAUGGAUCACGAGGUUGGUUCCUUGGGAUAUUCCUCCCAACAGAAGGGAUUUCAGACCUCUGUACCUUCAAUCUUCCGGGGCGUGCUCUUAAGCUAAAACGCUUUCUCAUGCGCACCUGGCUUAACCCGGAAGGAGAAUAUCCCAAUGAGGUAAUCGCAAGUCAGUCUGAUUGUCCAGAAUACAUGUCUCUGUCUGAGUACAAGGCAUUGGCUGAACUGCCCUAUGGAUACAACAUACAAUGGCAGAGCAUCUUGAGCCAACUUGCUAUGCCGAGGAUCGACUUGAAUAAGAUGGAGACGGCCAUUUUUCUACUUCAAUUGAGCCUGCAAGCCGGGCCUAGGUCUUCAGCGGUCACAAGGUGUACACACACAAGGCUUAGCGACUAUGAGUUUGGACGGGUGAUGCUCAAGAAUCUGACCAAAGGCGUCUUACGAAUCCAAGAGAACUGGGAAUCCUAUACCGCCCUGUUGUCCUUGAUAUCAUUAGCAUCCCGGGUCUUAUCUCAAGUUCCCAGCGAUCUGGUCAACCCCUUCAUUGAACUUAUCGAUAAGUGCCGUGCUAUUGCCUACCGAUGGUUAGAUGUCGUGUUUAAAAGAGCAGAGGCAGCUACAGACGAGGCCCAUAGAAGAGGCUUGUUGGGAGUAGUGUUGAAUAUUGCGCUCGUGUGUGUCGACUCAUUUAAUGUGGAUGAUUGCUUUUUGGUACAAAUUCUAGCAGACUCGAAUCGAGCAUCCAUCUUGCUUGAAUGCUCAAUCAUUAUCCACAACAACGCCCCUGUUCAGGUUCCUGCCGACGAUCCUCUCCAAAACGCCCUAUUUGACAGAUGGAGACACACCAUGCACCGCGCUCGGGAUGUGCUGGUUGCACAGAGCGCCCUUGCCAACUCGUGCUUCAACACUGCUGUGAAGCGAUGCUGGCCAGCAUUCGUCCCUGCCUCUCCUUGGGCGCUCGUUGACAAUACAUGCCAUUGGUUGCAGACAACUACCCAUGAAGGACUUUGUGUGCACGUUGAUAUUCUUGCAGGAGAGUUGCUAGUCAACGGUUCCCCUUUGGCACGCCUUCCAGGAGAUUACGAAAGACACGACAGCUACAAAAGACUGUUUGGUGGUCUUGUCUUGGAAGUAAUGCCUAGUAAUAUACCAGGUAUGCGUUUCUGUACUAAGCAGCAGUUUCAAGGUCACACUGUUCAUUUUGGAAUGCAGGACCAGGACCUGCUCAUUAGGCUGGAGGCCGUUGGGUCCCAUAUUGAUUUAAUCCCGCUGCGGACAUUGAGAGACCUAUUACCACAUUCAUUUGUCGAUGAGUACACCCAUUGGUAUCAUGUCAACACGGGCACUGUGGAACUUCGCCCGCUCAAAGAUCCAUGGUCACAGAACCCAAGUAAUUGGUUCCUCUCCAGUUCAAAGGAAGUAUGGACAUUGAGACAAGGCUCAAGCAUAUGUCUCCUUGCCCCGUGCAGCGACAUGGCACGCCAUUUGGCAGCAGUAUUAUCGCCACUCGAAGACUCACUUUAUCUCUACAUGCUAUAUGAUCAAUCUUCCGGUUCUUUGGAAAUCCAUGUACCCCGAUUGCAGCUCGAAUUUUUCAUCAAGGCUGGAGAGUCAACUAUCCGAUCCCAGCAGUUUCGUGGUAUGCACAUCGAUCCGGACCAGUCGUUAGGGACGUUGGUAGGAUUUACAAGCAAGAUCAUUUUACGUAAUGACCUUGAUUUACCCGUCAGGAUGUUGAUUGUUCCAGAAGGGACUGUACAUAUCCAGAGGCUCAAAGGUCAUGUCACUGCUGCUGUAGCCUAUGGAACCGCUCGGCGUAUACAGAAUUAUCGGAUUGAUGAACUCCUUCAACGUCUUGCCGCGGACACGAGGCUUGAGAGCAAGCUUUUUCUGGCCUACAUCCAUGCUCUUACGUCCUUCUGUCUUCCAGAUCCAUUCCUAGGGAGGACAGGAACGGAGGAAGCCAUUCGUCUCUUGGGCUCAGCGUCUGUUCGAGCUCCCGGUCCACUGUCUCCAACAGAGCAUGACAUACUGCAAUCAAUCGCUCAUCUCUCUCCGGUACGGGCUUUCUACCCCGAGCACGAAAGGGUUAUGCAACAGGUUUCCUGGUCUUCCGAUCUAGGGUUUCUCGCUCAAGAUGACAGAUUUUAUACCAUUACGAAGGGGAUUAUCGACCGAUCUGCCGAGGUUGGCUUUCUCUACCCUGAUACGGACAAAGCGGAUGAACUCAGUCACAAUACGAUCGAAUUGGUAGAACGAGCUAUCCUUCGAAAGGUUCGCCAGUGCGUGUCUGGAUAUGGUGCAGAGGACUUCUCUAUUCGGUACGAUGUCAUCUACCAGUCAAGAGAUAAUGGGUCUUCCCAUCGAGCAGCCCGUGCUGCGGAAAUUGCUAUCCAAGCGCACAGAGGUCAUGCCAUUUUGCUUGAGCCUGUCGCUUCUGGACUCUGCGAUCAUCUAUACACGCUUUUGAGUCAUGAGACUAUCACAUCUCCGACAAUACGUCCGCUAGAGGAUGAUCUGCUAUAUGACUCAAAGUGGCUCAGCAGCCCUUCGACCUUCUUGUCGGCGUACUGGUGCCAGAUACAUCAUGUAUUUCAAUGCAAUCAACCAUGUAUCAGUAAAUCCAAGAUAAUGUUUUGGAUAGCGACAAUGGCGUACUCUUUCCAGUACGAUCAGCAGGUCACACAGGCACUUCUCUCAAUUGCUUUGUCUUCGUCUGUAUCCGCUGUCCCUCUGCCCUCUCAGAACUCGUAUGAGUUGAUCAAAGGAUAUGAAGUCAGCAAAGAGAGACUAGACGAUGACGCCCAUUCUGCUGCCAUCUCAUUCAACAAAACACCCGCAUCACACCUGGCACGACGGCCACAUGAGCAGGAUCACCAAAUUACGAACCGCCACAGUCAAGAAUACAAGAAUAAGAAACAUCAUGCAGUCGAAUUAUUCAAAUCGGAGCUCUCUCUUCAGUGGCCUUGUAAAAAUCCCCACGCACCGUCGGAUACAAAUGUCACAUCUUACAUCGACACGCGAGAAGCAAUGAGAUCAGUUGUCGAGGUGUGGCGGAAUUGGUACGAUAAUCGUGAGUUUCGUGGAUAUCUAACGAGGUUCAUCGAGAAAAUCAAAGAGUUACCGGUGAAACGAGACGUGACUAAUGGCUAUUUCAUAAAACCAUCCAUUCAGCCGACAAAUCAGCCACUGAGGUUUAUCUCAGUGGAUGACCUCUUUCGUCAUAACCAAGGACCAACAACGCCAACUCAAACGUCCUUGAUCAAGGACCUCCUUAAGGGGAGACCGAUAAGCUCUGGUGCGAUCACAAAGCUCAAUCCUCUACUUGAUUUCCUGGAUGACAAGGCCAAGCUAGUAUUUGAACGACGCUACUUAGGGGAGCUACGAAAGAGCCUGGCCAGUUUAAAGGAUCACAUGAGUUGGAGACUGGCCCAAGAUCAUGCAUCAGAACUACUGAUCGUGUUCCAAGAGCAUCAGGUGCAAUGUGAGACGAAUGUCAAGUCGAUCUAUGAGGCACUAUUGGAGGCAGUCAAUGACAUCCAACAAGGUGUGCCGGUAGCCAUCCAACAAGCCUUCCAAGACAUCCGUUGUAGACCCCGCGUCUGCACGGCGUUUUUUCUAGAGCAGCUUAAAACAUCGCAAUGGUCGAAACUCCCCAAAUCUUGGCAGAACGCCAUCGCGCAAUACGGACUUGCUAUCACUACUCUCCAACAAGCGAAGCGCUUGGUAUCGUUCUCGAAGGAUGAAGCUGACCUCAUUCGCGAGCUUGAGAACUCUGGCCAUCAAGGGUGGAGUGUCCAUGAGUACCCCGAAUGGUUGCUUCUUGAGUGCGAAAGCGAGAUCAUGAUUCGACAUGUACAACAACAAAUUGCUCGACAAAUGAUGCAGCCUCCAGACGACGAGAACAUUUCACUGCAGUUAAACAUGGGGGAGGGCAAGUCUUCUGUCAUUGUUCCUAUUGUCGUUUCCGCCCAGGGUAAUGGCUCACGUCUUGUCCGUGUUAUCGUGGCAAAGCCGCAAUCGAAACAGAUGCAUCAGAUGCUCGUUUCAAAGUUGGCGGGCAUGCUUGAUCGACCAGUCUAUCAAUUACCAUUUUCUAGAGACAUUCGGCUGAACGAAUCUCAAGCACUGACUAUCCAUAAGCUUACUACCAGGUGCAUGCAAGAGGGUGGUAUUCUCCUCGUUCAGCCUGAACAUCUGUUAUCAUUUCAGCUGAUGGAGCUGGAGUGCCAUUCCGAGCAGAAGAGCGGAGUCGCCCAUAAGAUGAUGGAGAUUCGUCGAUUCUUUGACGAAUACUCAAUAGACGUGGUGGACGAGAUUGAUGAGAACCUGAGCGUCAAGUUCGAGCUAGUCUACACAGUUGGCCAGCAGAGACCAAUCGAUCACAGCCCAGAUCGAUGGAGAGUCGUUCAAGAGGUUUUAGGCCUCGUCUUUCGUUUCUGUAUGGAGGCUAAGGAAGAGUUUUUACAGUCCUUGGACAUCACUGGUCAGCAUCCUGGUCGGGUUCCCAGAGUCCGAAUUCUUGGCCGCGGUGUUGAAGCGAUAAUCUUUGAGCGCGUAGCAACUUUCAUUUGCGAGACCGGUAUGGAUGGAUUUCCAAUAUCACGUCAGCCUCCUGCCAUCAGGGAUGCAGUUUUCCGGUACAUUACCCAGUUAGACAUAGCGGAUGUUGAGGCCGAUACUGUAAAGAACAGUUCCUUCUGGCACGAGAGCACUGAGAGUCAUUUGCUUCUUCUUCGAGGGCUCUUUGCAUCAGGUGUACUCGCGUUUGCAUUUGUCCAGAAACGUUGGAGAGUCAACUAUGGCCUAGAUCCAAACAGGAAAACAGGAACGAAGCUUGCGGUGCCAUUCCGAGCUAAGGACAAUCCGACACCCCGGUCAGAAUUCAGUCACCCCGACGUGGUGAUCGUCCUCACUUGUCUAAGCUACUACUAUGGUGGGCUUGAUGACGAGGCUCUCUUCACGAUAUUCAAUCUCCUUGUGCGGUCCGACGAUGCGGAUCAGGAAUACCAGGAAUGGGUCAAAACUACUAUAAUGCCGAACGCAUUCAGGCACCUCCAGGGGGUCAACCUCAGAGACUACACGCAGUGCAAGUCGGAGGUCUUUCCCUAUAUUCGGUUCUCCAAAGCAGCUAUCGACUACUUUCUUUCCCAAAUGGUCUUUGCAAAGGAGUGUAAAGAGUUUCCGUUCAAGUUAUCUGCUUCAGGCUGGGAUUUGGGCAAGAAGAAGUCUAAUGUAACCACAGGAUUUAGUGGCACUAAUGACUCUCGCUAUGUCCUCCCUCUAGAUAUGAAGCAGCUUGAUCUUCCUGAACAGAAGCACACCAACGCUUUGGUGCUGAAUAACCUCCUGAGGCCGGAGAACACCAUCACGGUGAUGUCUGCGGACAUGAAGGGAACAGCACUAAACAGCCGUUAUCUACUUACCAUGGUCACAGAGAUGAGCUCUCAUAUCCGUGUUAUCCUUGAUGUUGGUGCCCAGAUUGUCGAUCUAACCAAUCUCGAAUUCUGUAAAGAAUGGCUCAAGUGCUACAAUGGCGAUGACCACACGCCCGCUGUCGUAUUUUUCGACGACUCUGACAAUAUCAUGGUGCUUAAUCGGUCAGGUAAAGUCGAGGAACUUCAACGCUCGCCCUUUGCGGAUCAGUUGGAUCAGUGUCUUGUGUUUCUUGACGAGGCCCAUACAAGAGGCACAGACCUGAGACUACCUACCUCUUAUCGAGCGGCAGUAACACUAGGUGCAAACUUGACGAAGGAUAGAUUGGUGCAAGCGUGCAUGAGGAUGCGGAAGCUCGGAAGAGGGCAGAGUGUAGAGUUUUGCAUUCCGAGAGAGAUUGAAGAAAAGAUAAGUCGCCUGACGGGUCGGGUCCAAACAACGCCCUGCAGCAUAACAGUGUCAGACGUUCUUUGUUGGGCCAUCAACGAGACCUGCCAAAGCUUACGGCGGGAGGUGUUAUUAUGGCUCAACCAAGGCGUACGCUUCGAUCACCAACGGCACUUAUGGGAUGAAUUAAAUGCCAGUGACGAUCGUCCAAGUAGAUUGGCGUCUGCUCAAAGGUUCAAAGAGGAAGAGGCAUUGUCACUGGAUCGGCGUUAUUCUCCACAGCAAAGCCACCCUGAUAUUUCUUCUCUCGACCGCUUCGGGUCUCGCUAUGGCGCGAUGAUGUAUGAACUCUGCCAGCAAUUCGGCCUAUCGGAGCUGCGCACAUCUUCACUACAAGAGGAACAAGAGCGAGAACUAUCACCCGAAGCAGAACAAGAAAGCCAAGUGGAGAGGCCACCUCCAGCGCAGGCGGCAAGACACAGUCUACAUCCAGACGUCUGCAAGUUUGUCCAGAGUGGUGUUUUCACAAGACGCACCGAAGCGUUUCAGCCUGCUUUUGCCACUCUGCAUCUCACCUCGGCAGCCAAGACUUUUGAUGUGAGAGAGUUCCAAGAUAACGUAUGGGCGACAAAGGACUUUUCCAAGGUCGUCGAGGAAUCGCUUGACUCAGAAGACUACUCGGACGGAUUCCAACGCUCCGUACAAUGGAUAUUGACGAGCAAAAAUGAGAUGCUCAAUGAGCGUCUUCUCAUCAUUAGCCCGUACGAAGCCCAAACUCUUCUACCUGAUAUCGAAACGUCCCAACACGUAUCCCUUCGGCUGUAUCUGCCGUGGGUAAAUCUCGGCUUUCAGCCUCUAGACCAUCUCAACCUUUACAACGUUCCUCAGACGCAGAAUCAUAUCGACAUUCCUCCAAAUCUCAUCACACCACUCAACGUCUUUUCUGGGCAGCUGUAUCUUUCAAACUACUCUGAUUAUAUUCACCUAUGUGAUUUUCUCGGACUUGCGUGGAAGGCUGCUGAUGGAACAGUCGGCUUUGGGCCUGAUGGCUGGAUUUCACCGGCGAUGCCAACGAGCACCUGCAUCAAUAGAUCGGGGCUCUCCAAGAGUCCAGUUCCAUUCUUGAAGAUUUUAUUCACCAAGAUACGACAGGAAUGCCAGUCAAUCAGAAAAUCGCACAUGGGGAAGAUAUUGGAAGGGGUGCGGCUGCAUGUGGAAGAUUGGGCCGAGAGUUGA